CCCUAAGAGAUCUUGGCAAAAUGGUAUAAGGUUUUAUAAGAGAUACUCUCUUAUAGAAGCACUGGCCUAGGUCACACAGAUCUUUGACAAUAUAAUGAAUAUGGCUAGAAAUUCUUUGCAACAAGCUAAAAAACUCUUACGGAAGGAAAUGAAGGCGAAGCUGUCAGAAAUGACAGAAGCAGCCAAAGUAACAGAAUCUGGCCAUGUUGUAGCUGAUGCUCUUUCACACGAAUUUUACGUUCAGAGUCAGAGAGUUUCCAUCUUUUUAAGUAUGGCAGACGAAAUCCACACAGGAGCAAUAGUGAAGGACCUGUUGUAUCAGCAGAAAAUGUGUUUCAUUCCGUAUUACCAUGGCCCAGAAAUGGCUAUGUUGGAAUUGAAGUCCAUGGAAGAUUUGAAAAACUUACCAGAAACAAAAUGGAAAAUAAAACAACCUGCAAGUAAAGAAGGUAGACUGGAUGCCCUGAAAUCAGGAGGGUUGGAUUUAGUUUUCGUCCCUGGAUUAGCUUUUACGAAGUCUGGUGCACGACUUGGACGUGGCAAAGGAUACUAUGACAAAUUUCUCAAAGAAUGUGAGAAAAUGGGACAGAAACCAAAAACUUUAGGAUUAGCUUUUCAGGCACAGAUGUGUGAAGAAGUACCAACAUCUGAAGACGAUGUGUUCUUAGAUGAAGUUAUUCACAUGUAAUUUUUGUUUUAUGUUCUGAAGUUUCUUGUUUGACCAGCUUUGAGAAGGUUGACCUUGUUGAGUUUGAAGAAUUUUAUAGUUUUGUUUCUGUUAAUGUGCUAAAUGUUCGUUUUGUUAAUUUUGAAUAUAAUCCCAAUUGUCUCUCCGUGUGAUGGAGACCUUACUCUAUAAUCCAGUUUUAACUAAUGAUGAUUGAUGAUGUAAAC